AUGGCUCAUAGAUUAGGCGGACGUAGAAAAAACGUCAAAAAAGGGUUUCAAUUUACUCUUAUGGUAGUUGGGGCUUCUGGUACUGGUCGCACCACCUUUGUCAACACUCUCUGUGGCAGCGAGGUCUUGUCCAAGAAAUUGUGUGAUAACCCUGAUACCGCCAAUGUGGAAGAAGGCAUUCGCAUCAAACCAGUGACCGUCGAAUUGGAAGAGGAUGGUGUCAGAAUUGCUUUAACUAUAGUAGACACUCCUGGUUUUGGGGAUAAUAUAGACAACGAGUUUUGUUUCCAGGAAAUUAUGGGCUACCUCGAAAGACAAUAUGACGAUAUUCUCGCAGAAGAAUCAAGGAUUAAACGUAAUCCGCGGUUUCGUGAUAAUCGUGUUCAUGCCCUUCUUUACUUCAUUACUCCAACCGGCCAUUCUCUCCGUGAAAUUGAUAUUGAAUUAAUGAAGCGCCUUAGCCCACGCGUAAAUGUAAUUCCUGUUAUUGGUAAAGCUGAUACGUGCACACCCACCGAAUUGGCAGAAUUUAAAAAAAGAAUCAUGGAAGAUAUUGACCAUUAUAAUAUUCCAAUCUAUAAUUUUCCGUUUGAUGUGGAAGAAGAUGAUGAAGAAACUGUUGAAGAAAAUAGUGAAUUAAGGGCCCUUCUGCCUUUCGCUAUCGUUGGUAGCGAGGAAGAAAUAAACGUGAACGGAAGAUCUGUUCGUGGUCGACAAUACCCGUGGGGUGUGGUUGAAGUCGAUAAUCCACAACACUCGGAUUUUGCUAGAUUACGAUCAGCUCUACUAAGCUCCCACUUGCAAGAUCUUAAAGAAAUUACCCACGACUUCUUGUAUGAAAAUUAUCGUACCGAGAAGCUUAGCCGAAGUGCCGAUAAUCCUUCUGUCGACGAUUCCGCUAUCUUGCCAGAAGACCUCGCAACCCAAAGUGUACGAUUGAAGGAAGAACAAUUGAAACGAGAAGAAGAGAAGUUGAGAGAAAUUGAAUUAAAGGUCCAACGCGAAAUCACUGAAAAGAGACAAGAGCUCUUGGCCAAGGAAGAAGCCUUGAGGAACCUGGAAGCUCGUUUAGCACAAGCUCAAGAAUCUUCUAAUUAA